GAUGAGAAAAUGCCAUCGGGAGUGGAACGAUCCAACGGGAGACUAAUAAACAUCGCUCCUGUCUCCGAGAGGCAGCAGCUUGCUUUGCUCAAGCAGAUGACUUCUCCCAAGUCUGAGCAUGGGUUGAAGAUGAGUUCUCGUGGUCGUCACCGUAACGAGCGUGGGGAGACUCCUCUGCACAUUGCUGCCAUCAAGGGAGACAGGGAGCAGGUACGCCAACUGCUGGAACGUGGCUCUGACCCCAACGUGCGCGACUUUGCUGGUUGGACGCCUUUACACGAGGCAUGUAACCACGGGUGGCUGGAGGUGGCGCGACUGUUGCUGCAGGCGGGGGCCGACGUCAACGCUCGAGGGCUGGACGACGACACACCACUGCACGACGCCGCCGUCAACGGCCACAGCAAGCUGGUAGUACUGCUGGUGGACUUUGGCGCCGACAUCCACCAGAAGAACAAGCGAGGCAAGACGCCGCAGGACGUGGCCGGGGUGGACCUGACGAGGUUCCUCAGCAGCUGGAAUGCUUCUGUGGAAAACAAAGGGACACCUCGAGUGACUCUGAGGCUACAUCAGCUGGGGAAGAACCGAGACGAGAAAAAGGAACGGACAAAAGUAAAUACAGAGACUGAUAACCAUGAAAAUAGCACAAGUGAAAAUAACAGUGCCAACAAAUCAUCUAGUCACAUUAGUCCCCCACCUCCAGAAGAAGCAGUGAAGGAGAACCCAACAGUGAUGCCAGGAGGGACGAGCUCGGCCGAGAAGCCUGCGGAGGUUCCCAGUGAAGCGGUGAAGGAACCAGAGCCUGCAGCGGCGCCGGAACCUCCCACUGAGGAGACCAAGGACCUCAAGCGGCACAGCACUGAGGAGGAGGACGAGACCAAGCGGAAGAAACGUAAAGAGGACCCCACUGCUGUUAGAGUCAAAACCGGAAGCAACAGUGGAGGCAGCCCCAAGUCAGUGACGGGCGAGAGUGACGGUGAAGAGAACAAAGGUGUGGAAAGUCCAGGGCCCAAAGUUCCGCCGCUAAAGAUAGUCAUUCCGAGUGUAGAGUCAACAGAGCAAGGCACGAGGAAUGGCAAGUGUGGAGCUGCCAGGCAUACAGCGCUGCCGUACGUGGUCCCUAGUGGUGCUACUCCAACAACUAGUCCUCCUCCGUCGGACGCACCAGCUACCAUCACAACCACUACGUCGCCACCGCCCGGCACUACCGAGGCAGAGAUGACGGAAGAACAACGGACGCACCAACGAGUCACUAGGAGUUCUCACAGCCGUUCUGGAGGCAGCAGUGGUGCUCCCAGCGGCGCCUCGUCUCCUGUAGCCCCGGAGAAUCCAUCUCCAGGCCACGUGUCUCCCGUCCCUCCGCCUGCAGAAACUGCAGCUCCCACUACACUCUCUCCAGUCAACACUGCGGAGGAGAAACCGGCCGAGCCGACGGAGAGCAACCCUACACCUGUGGAGCUGCAUCCACGCAAACGUAAACUCAAACCCAGAGACUCUCUGCCUACUAGUGAGAGCAGUGACACGGCUAGUACGAGCACUCAGGUCAACGUACAUCCUCACGACCAGCCUGUCACUAACUGCUACCAGCUGUUUCUCAACAUCCGCAAACAGAUUGACCGCCGGAGGAAGGGUUUGUUCCCUGUACAGCCCAAGCCUCCGCAGGGGUUCAAGGAUUACCUGAUGAACCGCUGUACCUACGUGUUGGCUGGCAACGCUAGCUCUAGACUGCCUGUACAACAAGUAGCACCUCCCGCCUCCCUACAAGGACCGAUCAAAGACUUGUUUGUGGAACAAGAAAAGGAACGGUUCAGGCUACGAACCCAACAUGUGAUAGAGAAAGAGAAACUAGUCCUGUCAGUUGAGCAAGAGAUCCUGCGGGUGCACGGUCGUGCAGCCCGGGCACUGGCCAAUCAGGCACUGCCAUUCUCUGCGUGCACGAUCCUGCGCGAUGAGGAGGUGUACAGUGCGAUCACGCCAGAGCAGGAGGAGAAGGACCGCAACGCUCGGUCACGCUACAACGGCCGACUCUUCCUAAGUUGGCUACAGGACGUCGAUGAUAAGUGGGAGAAAAUAAAGGAAUCGAUGCUGUUAAGGCACCACAACGAGGCUGAAAGUCUCCAUGCUGUACAGAAGAUGGAUUGGGAGUGGAAGAUGAAGGAGUUGGGACUGUGUGAGUUCAAGGCCAAGCCUGUCAUCGAGGAUAGCCAUGUACCCAUGGUGCACGUCAGCGAUGACUUUGAUCUGCUCCCAGCAUAGGUAUAACCGUGAAAUGUUGCAGCUGAUUUGUGAUACCGAGCUUACUCCAAUAUAGAGACUGAAUUUUUCUAGGUUUAUCUUGAUUGUACAUACUGACCUAAUAAAACUAUUAAAUUGUA